AUGAAGAUGUCCCAGAAGUCAGCGAAAACAUGGUGCCUCAGGCUUUUCCCAGUGUUUCUGUCCUGCAUCUCUUUCGUCACAUACUACUGCUCUUACGGCACACUGCAGAGCUAUGGAGGAGCCAACAAGUCUCCGAACAGUAGCAAGUCCCUGUGCGACGGCUGGCUGACCCAAAAGAAGUGGGAGAGUCUUAACUUUAACAUCAGCAGACAGUCACAGCUCUUUCUGAAUCUGGACGACUUCUUCUGGAGACAGCAUUUGUCAAAACAAGCGCUCCCAUAUGGCAUUAAAGGCAGUGAACAGAUGCUUAUGAAAGUACUUGCUGCUAUUACAAGUUUCCAGGAACCGGAAAAUGUUGAAAACCUUGAAUGCAGAACCUGUGUGGUCAUAGGAAACGGAUUUUCUAUCAAAAACACAUCUCUGGGAAAAGUCAUCAACAAAUAUGAUGUAGUAUUUAGGUUAAAUGAUGCCCCAGUCAGAGGCUAUGAGGAGGAUGUGGGCAACAAGACGUCUAUGAGGCUGUUCUACCCAGAGUCUGCCUCCUCUAACCCCUCAAUGCACAAUGACCCUGGGACCCUCAUGGUGCUGGUGCCUUUCAAACUUCAGGAUCUGCGCUGGCUCAAGGAGAUCCUCUACAAUGAGAAGAGGGUUCGAAAAGGCUUUUGGAAACCCCCUCCUCAGAUCUGGUUGGGAGACCCAAGUAAAAUUCGAGUGCUGGAUCCACAUUUUCUGGAGCAGACAGCAGAACGGCUGCUCCACAUUCCACUGCAUUCAAGUCGACAGAAGCCAGUGCAUCCCACCACGGGAAUCCUUGCUGUCUUUGUUGCACUCAACUACUGUGAUGUGGUCCAUGUUGCUGGUUUUGGAUAUCCAAGCUCAAAGAACCACAAACAUCCGAUCCACUACUAUGGAUACGACACAAUGAAGUCCAUGAAGAACUCUUACCAUGACCUCAAUCAUGAAGCAGAGGCAUUAAAAAGACUGGAGGAUGCAGGAGCCAUCUUGUAUCUUCAUCCACAUCUAUGA